GAGUUCGCACUUGAGUCGCCUUCCGCACCUCUUGGCGGUUGCCGGCUCGCCGCUCCCCUCAGUCCCGCCCGGCCGCGCUCCGCCUCCUCCAGGGGCCGAGUAAUGGGCGGGCAAGGGGACGGGCCGGUUAAAGGGAGGCCGACCCGGGAGUGGGUACCUCUGCCCGCGCCGCCUUAUCCCCUCGGUCCGGCCACGGCGGAGGACGCGCUUCGGUACCUCGUGGCACGGGACGGCCCAGACCCGAGAGGUUUGGGAAAGUCUUUUGACCCAGAAAUUAGUAAGAACUAUUCCAAAAUAGAAGGUCAUAAGGAAUGCACUCAAACUAGUUUGGCCUGCAAGUAGGAAGUGAGAAGAGAGUUAUAGACCAGUUGCAUUGAGGAGUGAAGAGCUGCUGUGUGUAUCCUCCAAUCUGACGGACUUGCUCAGGGAAGCUGAAGCAUCUAUCUCCAGAAAUGUCUUCAGAAAGUAAAGGGCAAGAUGACCUUUCAUUCAAGGACUCCCUUGAAGGAGACGACCAGUACAGUCCUCCAUCUAGGAUCCGUCUGGAGGAUGAAAAGGAAUCAAGUACUAUCUUCAAGGAAGAGGCCAAUGAUCAAUGUAUACCUUAUCCUAGGAUCCAUUUGGAGCCUCAAGAGAAACCAAAUACUAACUUCAAGCAGUUUGUCAUGAAAAAACUACAAAAAAGUUGCCAGUGCAGUCCAACCAAAGCCAAAAAUAUGAUUUUUGAUUUUCUUCCUGUUCUGCGGUGGCUUCCAAAAUACCAGCUGAAGAAAAACAUUUUAGGAGAUGUGAUGUCUGGCUUGAUUGUGGGCAUCUUAUUAGUGCCCCAAUCCAUUGCUUAUUCUCUCUUGGCUGGCCAAGAACCUGUCUAUGGUCUGUACACAUCUUUUUUUGCCAGCAUCAUUUAUUUCCUGUUUGGUACCUCCCGUCACAUCUCUGUGGGCAUUUUUGGAGUACUGUGCCUUAUGAUUGGUGAAGUAGUUGACCGAGAACUACUAAAAGCCGGCUAUGACACUGCCCAUAUUCCUCCUUCUUCAGGAAUGGUUUCAAAUGAGAGCACAUUAUUAAACCAGGAAUCAGACAGGAUAUGUGACAGAAGUUGCUAUGCAAUUACAGUUGGCAGCACUGUAACAUUUAUGGCUGGAGUUUAUCAGGUAGCGAUGGGCUUCUUUCAAGUGGGCUUUGUUUCGGUCUACCUCUCAGACGCCUUGCUGAGUGGAUUUGUCACUGGUGCCUCCUUCACUAUUCUUACAUCUCAGGCCAAGUACCUCCUUGGGCUCAGCCUUCCUCGGAGUAAUGGCGUGGGCUCACUCAUCACUACUUGGAUACAUAUCUUCAAAAACAUCCAUAAGACUAAUCUCUGUGAUCUUAUCACCAGCCUUUUGUGCCUUUUGGUUCUUGUGCCAACCAAAGAACUCAACGAGCAUUUCAAGUCCAAGCUCAAGGCACCGAUUCCUACUGAACUCAUUGUCGUGGUGGCGGCCACAUUAGCCUCUCAUUUUGGAAAACUAAAUGAGAAAUACAGCACCAGUAUUGCUGGACAUAUUCCCACUGGGUUUCUGCCACCCAAAGCACCAGACUGGAACUUAAUUCCUAAUGUAGCUGUGGAUGCAAUAGCUAUUUCUAUUAUUGGUUUUGCUAUCACUGUAUCACUUUCUGAGAUGUUUGCUAAGAAACAUGGCUACGCAGUCAAAGCUAAUCAGGAAAUGUAUGCCAUUGGCUUUUGCAAUAUCAUCCCUUCCUUCUUCCACUGCUUUACUACUAGCGCAGCUCUUGCAAAGACAUUGGUUAAAGAAUCCACAGGCUGCCAGACUCAGAUCUCUGGUGUGGUGACAGCUCUUGUUCUUUUGUUGGUCCUCUUGGUAAUAGCUCCAUUAUUCUAUUCCCUUCAGAAGAGUGUCCUUGGUGUGAUCACGAUUGUAAAUCUCCGAGGAGCCCUAUGUAAAUUUAAGGAUCUGCCCAAGAUGUGGAAGGUUAGCAGAAUGGAUACAGUUAUCUGGUUUGUUACUAUGCUGUCCUCUGCACUGAUAAGUACUGAAAUAGGCCUGCUUGUCGGGGUUUGUUUUUCUAUGUUUUGUGUCAUCCUCCGCACUCAGAAGCCAAAGAGUUCAUUGCUUGGCUUGGUGAAAGAGUCCGAAAUCUUUGAAUCCACGUCUGCCUACAAGAACCUUUGGACUAAGCCGGGCAUCAAGAUUUUCCGCUUUGUAGCCCCUCUCUACUACAUAAACAAAGAAUAUUUUAAAUCUGCUUUAUACAAAAAAACUCUCAACCCAGUCUUAGUGGAGGCAGCUCAGAAGAAGGCAGCAAAGAAAAAGAUCAGAAAGGAAAUAGCAACUCUCAGUAGAAUCCAGGAUGAAGUUUCAGUGCAGCUUUCCCACGACCCCUUAGAGUUCCACACCGUGGUGAUUGACUGCAGUGCAGUGCAGUUUCUGGACACUGCAGGGAUCAACACACUGAAAGAGGUGCGCAGAGACUUCAGAGCUGUUGGCAUUCAGGUUCUGCUGGCUCAGUGCAAUCCCUCCGUGAGGGAUUCCCUGGCCCGGGGAGAGUAUUGCAAACAGGAAGAAGAAAACCUUCUCUUUUAUAGUGUAUAUGAAGCAAUGACUUUUGCCGAAGAAUCUCAAAAUCAGAAAGGAACAUAUAUUCCCAAUGGUCUGAAUUUUUCCACUGAUUGAUUGAGAAAGUAGGUGGAAGGAUGAAUACUGUCUAGCCAACAGGCUAAAAUUUCAGGUGUAUAACAUAGCAUCUGGCUUUUAAUUGGAAAGCACCAUUCCUCUCGGGCACAGUCUUAACAGGAGUCUGAUGGCUGAGCAGGUUUGUGAAAUCUCACCAGCCAGCCCCACAUUGUACAGAACACUUUUAGUAAUACAUUUGAUGUUUUAGUCAUGUCUUUUUGUUUAGGGUAAGUAUGUAAGAAAAGAACUCUUUAUAAUCAGCAAAAAUAAUGAGAAUCCUCCCUAUCUUCUGUGGUCCCUAUCUGUCCCUGUUUCUGAGCAUUUCUCUACCAUUAAGCUCUGUUUUAGCUUUGUCAUUUACUGUGUUUCCCAUAGAAUCUGUCCUAACUGAUAACCAGUGUCAGGUUUGCCAGAUACAAGGCAGAAAGCUGAGCCAGCAAUUUUAUAUAGCGUUUUAAAUGAGCCUGAGGCAAACUGUUAGGGACAGAUUGCAAAAAGGAAUGAUUGACAGUUUCCCUUAAGAAUUUGUUUAUUUAGCAGUGAUUUUUUUUUCCCCCUUCCCAUGGCAUUUUAGCAAGGGUCGGCUGGGGACUGACAGUCUUUCUCAUAUUUGAGAAGCCACUGUUCAUCAUUACUCUACAAGGAAAAUGUAACCAGUAGAAAAGAGUGCACAGAAGUGAUAAAGUACUUCCAAAAAAACAUCAAUAAUUAAUUUAUAGAUGUUUUGGUGAAAACAAAGCUAAUGCUUACUGCCAUGCACCCUUUUGAUGUACAAUAAAUAUUGAUGACAGUGACAGAUUUCAACUCUUUGGGCCACCUAAAACUAUUAUGCAAGAGGAUUUGGAAGCAUUACAUUCAUACAACCCAAGUUCUGCAGGUGUAUUAUGUAUGAGAGCUGGUCACAGAUUGUGGCACAGGAAUAGUUCCUUUUGAAAAACAUGUCCUACAUUGAAAGCUUAUAGUUCUGUAUCUGGACCUUAAUGGGUGAGGGAAAAAAAGUAAGUUUUCCAAAGUUAGGACUAAGACACUAAUUUAUGUGAGAUUGAAACAUUUAGCCACACCAUUUAAAACAAAAUAAAAAUUGCAAAAGUGCUGAAUCAUUUUUUAAACCUACUCCUACUUUCUAAACAUUUUAAAUAUUUAUGAGAAGCAAACCUUACAUCUAUUGGAAUGGGAUGCUUUUAGGCAUACUUAACUUUCUUGUUGGCUCCAUAAACUGUCAAGUGUUGAUUUUCUUUUGGUAGAAAUCUGCCCAUCAGUUUACAUGGAAAAUGCCUUUCCGUAUUAAAACAAAGCUGUUCCUUGGGAGCUGCAUUUCUAUCUUUGAGGUCAUUACAUGAUUAAAUGUAAUAGUGUCCUGAAUUUUGACAUCCUUUUAGGACUUAAGUCUAGAGUCUCAGAAAUGUUAACUACUGUUUGUAUUUGUGUGGUUUUUGUUUAUUUUUAGCCAAUAUUUGCAUUUUCUAUCUAGUCUUAUGACUAGCAAUGGUAAAAUUACUGUGUCUUUGUCUGUCAUUUGUUUUUACUCUCUCUUGUCCUUCCCCCAAGCCAGGUCUGAAUCCAUACCAUUAUAGAUAUCUAAUGCCAUUGAUGGAGUAGUGAGUACAUGUUCACGAUGACUAAUUUAGAAAAAACAAGUGCAGCAAAAAAAAAAAAAAAAGUCAGUCCAAAGAAUUUGGAAAAUCUCUUUGAAGAACAAAGUAACAGGAUUUGAUCUUUACCUGACAUUUCUGUCCAUAUGUGGGUAUAAAUAGUUCUGGAACUUUAUACAAUUAGCAAAUUCUUGAAUUGUGUGCUGGUUUAUUCUUCUCCCACCUAUACAAACAAACAAACAAACAAAUAAGAGAUUCUGCUUUUAGAAGCCAUUUGUAAAAACAUUUAAGGUAUCACUAUAAUUUAUAUCUCACCUUCUUCUCUGCUUGGAUUGAGGUCUACCAGCACUUACACAUUGUUCAGCUUUUUUGACUGCUAAUUUUUUAAAGGAGUCAAACCUGAAUCCAAAGCCUAAUUCACAAACAAAACUAAUGUUUUCAUUUGCUUUCUUACUCAAGGACUUGGACUUUAGUCAUUAAGUGAUAUUUUACACAUUUUAUUGAUACGGAAAUAUCUUGCUUACUCUAAACUGUAGAGUCUAAAUGAAGCAUAUUCUCAUUGCUUAUUGACAGAUGUACAAAAUUCUGAAUAUAUUAAAAUGUCCAUUUAAUUGAAA